GGCCCGGAGCGGAUCGGCGCUCUCCUGUGGUCACGUGGGCAGUGAAGAGGAGCUGUCAUGGCGGCGCGCAGUGCUGUGUCUCGUGGCCUGUUCAAUGAGGCGGUUCGGGCGGUGCUGGGGAGCUGGCCGGUGCUGCAGAUCGCUGUAGAGAAUUGCUUUGGGGGUCCGCAUGUCCAGGAGAAGGCAGAAUGGAUGGUGGGGGCUGUGGAACAGUAUUUUUAUACUAACUCUGACCUGGAGCAGUAUGAGGUAGAAGAGACCCUGCAGUCAAUAUUGAAUGAUGAGUUUGAUACAGUAGUGGAGGAUGGAAGUUUACCUCUGAUAGCCCAGCAGCUGUGCAUGUUGUAUUGUCAGUGCCAGCGUGGAGACACAGCUGCAGUGCAGCAGAAGAUCGCACAGCUGUCUCAGAAAAAGUACAACGUGAAAGCCAACGUUCAGGAAGUGAAAGCUCAGGAGGACGAGGAAGACAGCAGUGAUGAGGAAGAAGAGGCAAUGGACUGUGGGACGAGUAGCAAUACAUCUCACGCUGUACCGAGCGUUUCCAGCACACCAAGCACAUCAGAGGCUGGCGGGGAUCCUCAGGAGCUACAGCAAGAAGUUGAUGAAUGGACUGUGGUGCGGAGAAAAAAGAAGUGACCUUGGAGACCUUUGCCGGGUUUAAGCCAGAACUUCCCAAAAAGCAGCACCAGGUGGCAGUAUUGCACCAGUUCCAGAAGGAUGGCCGCCGUUUUAUAAUGGGGUGCUAUAAGAAAUACAGGGAGCUCAUGGACUCUAUUAACCUAAAGUAAAAUAUGUAAAGGAUUGUGGUGUGCUAAAAGCUUUGCCAUGCUGCUGCAGUAAAGGUGGCGAUAGAUUUCACUAUUGCCGGGUUUUUAUUCUUCAAAAAAAAAAAAA